UUGAUGAUCGAGACAUGAGUUACCAAAUCAGUGAAGAAAAACUACAGGAAUACUACCAGGUCUCCCUGGAACUGGUUAAAAAGUCCGGUGCCCUCUUUUUGGAGGGUUUCCAGAAACCAAAAACUGAUUAUGAAGUCAAGUCGGCUUUCUAUGACUUGGUCACGGUGUACGAUCAACAAAUAGAAGCCACACUUACGGAAGGUUUGCUCAAUGCCUUUCCGGAGUCGAAAAUUAUAGGAGAGGAAGCUUUGGCCGACGCCAAAACGCAACCUGAGUUGACGGAUGCCCCCACUUGGAUCAUCGAUCCCAUCGAUGGCACUAAUAAUUACGUGCGAAAGAUUCCCCAUUCCUGCAUUUCCGUGGGUUUGACUAUCAACAAAGAACUAGUGGUUGGCAUUGUCUACAAUCCAUCGGCCAACGAGUUGUAUUCUGCCUGGAAAGGUCAUGGAGCUUUUCUAAAUGGUCAGACCAUAGAAACUGCUAGCAUAAAAGAAAUAAACCAAGCUGUGGUGUGCUAUGAAAUCUCCCUAAUCGUGGUGUCCAAGGGGCGGGACAAAAACGUGAAGCGUCUCUACAAGCUGGCCUCGAAUGCCACCGGCACUCGCAGCUUUGGGUCUGCAGCUCUCACGCUCUGCUAUAUAGCUGCCGGCCGAUGUGACGCCUAUCAUGUGGAGAAUCUUAAGCCGUGGGAUCUGGCUGGCGGUGCCCUAAUCCUCAGAGAAGCUGGUGGAAGUGUGUACCACACCAGCGGAACUAAAUUCGAUGUGAUGAAGCCCGAUUGUGUGUGCACCUGUUCUGAAGGGUUGGCCAAGAAUGUCAUCCAAUUAAUAAAGGAGGCUGACCAGAUUACAGAUUUUACAUUUGAAUAAAAAGGAACACAAAAACGUACUUAAAGCAGAUCAAAGCAAA